AAAAAACACAGUACAAAUCUUAUCAGUACAAAUCUUUCUCUUCUCUAUAAAUAUCCAACCCAAUAAACUCCAUUUUUAACCAAACAGUUCUUAAAAUAAAAUAAAAAAGAGUAUAAUCAUGAAACAGAAAAUACUCUGUUUUGCUCUGUUUUCUUUAAUGUGUUUAAUUUUACAAGAAAUUCCAAGUGUUGAAGGUUAUAAAAACUACACAGUUGGAGAUUCUUCUGGUUGGUUUGCUAAAUCUAAUCUUGAUUAUCAAAAAUGGGUUUCUGGUAAAUCUUUCUCUUUGGGUGAUUUUCUUGUUUUCAACACCGAUAGCAACCAUACAGUAAUCCAAACAUUCAACUCAACUACAUACAAUUCCUGCGACUCUCAAGGCGACGACAAUGUGCAAUGGUCGAGCAUCGACCCCAACUCUACCGUUAUACGCCCUAUAACGGUACACGUUCCCCUAAUGAAAGAAGGGGUUUCAUACUUUUUCUCAGGGGAUUAUGAUGGAGAGCAAUGUAUGAAUGGUCAAAAGUUUUCUAUCAAUGUGACUCACGGUCAAGGGUUGCCCCCAAGCCUUAGAGACAACCCUGAUUUCGCCGUGGGCUCCACUCCCGACCCUCUUUUGACCCGCCCCGACCCUGACCCGACCCGCCCGAUAACCAGGUCUACUCCCACCUCAGCGGAAGACUCUGCUCCCGGCCCAGAUGCAAAUCCCGACUCAGGGGAUGAUCAAUCAGUGCCAGAUACCAACAUAUCUUCCGAUUUUAACCACCCCAAGAACAUUCCCGAGGAUAGUACUAGUGGUAGUGAUGAGGAGGAUGAUGAUACUAAAAAGUCCAAUAAUGGUGCUAUAUUUAUGCCUAUGUUCUUUGUUAGUUUGAUUGGUGUACUUUUGCUAAUUCUUUAGUUAUUAAGGAGAUUGCUAGUUUAGUGUUGGCCAUACUUUUUUGGAAAAUUUGGUAAUAUUAAUCCAACCUUUGGCCGGUUUUCUUUUAUUAAUCCCACCUACGACAUAUUUUUUAAUAAUCCCACCUUUACUACCCAACGACUUUUAUUGGGCUUAAGUGACCGAUAACUGGUGAAAAAAUCAUCGAGAUGGUGAUGAAUUGAUGAUGAUGACUGAAUACAUCUAGAGAGAGUACUUCCACGUAGGGAUAUAUUACCGCCGACAAUAGGUUUAUGACGUGUUGGGCCCAAUAAAAGACGCUGGGUGGUAAAGGUGGGAUUAUUAAAAAAUAUGUCAUAGCUGGGCUUAAUAAAAGAAAAUCGGCAAAAGGUUGGAUUAAUAUUACCAAAUUUUCCUACUUUUUUUUUUCCUUCUUUUACUACAUUCUCAUACACUAUUUAAAGCUCUUCAUAUGUAUUUGGAUCUUUUGUACACAUACGUUCAUGAUUCACAUGUAAUAUAGUAGUGUACUAGUUUACUUGUAA